UGGCACCCAAUCUAGAAUAAAGUUCCUGACGGCUAUCCAUCAUCACUACGUUUGAUUGUUUUAGCAUUCUGUUCAGCAUCAAUGAAGAAUGAACUCUGCCAGCUACAAGAUGACAACUUCACAACCAAAAAACAAAUCAGAUCAAAAUUCUGACAUUGACAUUUCUUUGAAAGAUUUUCUUGAUUAUUUGGCUACCGCAUAUAAAGUCAAUGAGCAACUACUGGACGAAAAUUCUGGUGACUCUAAAAAUAACAUAAGGGUAGAUUGGAAUAAGUUAUGCUCAAGUUCAAUCUUAGAAGGCCUCAUGGCACCGACCAGUGCUCCGCAAGACAGAAGACAGUCAAAUGAUAAAAUGGGUAAGGGUAUGAGUCAGUAUCUCCACCCUGAUGUAAAUCAAAAUUCUUCCGAAAAACAAUCAAAACAGCAUCCUCCGUUGUCACGGUCAAACUCAGAAGACUGUCCCCGGACAACCAAGUCUCGCCGAAGCUCAAUGAAGGACUUAAAGUGACAAAAAACUGUCUGUCAAGCAGACUCUACUGAAACAGAGUUAUACCCCUUCAAUUCCGGUGGAAAGACAGACAUAAGCUUGAAGAUGAAACUGAACGAGAUAAUUAACGAAGGGAUAUUGGACUCAAUUUUGCCUUAUAUGAUGCCAACUAAACAGACCAUCACUGUCAACCCUCCAUUGAUAAAGAAAUCACUGGUAGCGGAGCCUCGUAAGCAAGACAAGUUAUCUUCUCAACAUAAUAUAACAGUUGCUCUGAGGGAUUCCAAAAGCAACUCUGGACGGAAAAAGCUCAUACCAGAUGGGACCAGGAAUAGUUUGAAAGGAGAUUUUGAGGUAGAGAUCCAUGUCUGUGAUGAAAUUAAAAACAUGAAGAAAGACUUCUACUGUCCUCAAAAACUUCUUAUUUCAAAGAUGGUAUACUUCGCUGAGGUCACUACUGGUCAGAAGUUAGAGGACAUGGACAUUUCAGUGCACUGUGAUAUAAAUAUAUUUGACUGGUUGAUGAAAUGGGUCAAAAAGGAUUGUCCGCCUUAUGAAGCACCUUCCAAAUUAGACUCGGGAAAUGUCAUCCCAAUUCUUGUCUCUGCAUCUUUUCUACAAAUGGACCCUUUGCUCAAUGACUGUUUGGAGUACGUUCAUUCUAACAUCAAUGCAAUAGUUAAGAUGAACAUUAAUCUCUUGUGCCUAAAUGACAGCAUUAUCUCGAGACUAUGUGACUAUUUUUCCAAUACUGACGUUGAGAACAUAAAAGAUAAGAAAGAUAAAAUUCAGCCAAGGUUGUUUUGCAAGUUAAUUCUAUCACUAGGUGAAGUGGAACCAGAUGAAAAGAAAAACCACUAUGCCACAAUUGCAACUCUAUUCCGCUGCGGUAGAUGCUGUAAACUCAUCUCAAGAUCAAAUGCAUCCCAAAUUCUGUGCAAACCUCAGUUUAUGAAGUUAACAACAAUGGGAAAAAUCAUCAAUAUGCACACAAGGGAACAAGGUUGGACCCUUGGAGAUCAUAUCCGAGGCCUUUACAACGAUCUCAAGACAUGGAGGAGAGUUUACUGGAGGCUGUGGGCGGAAUGCCAUCAUCUUUUCUGCUUGACUUGCAAUAACUUUUUCCCCAUCUCACAAAUGGACUGGUGCAGUUAUCAUCCCGACUCGCCUCAGUUUUUCAUGAUGGAACAACAGAGAGCCAUGACUUUCCCAAUAGGGCGAUAUCCUUGUUGCGGUGAGAAGGCGUAUCGGUUCGAACCAUUAAAAAAUCCCAUUUGCUGCCAGUACAAAGCCCACACCCCAUCUAUAGAAACAGACCAAGAAAAGAGAAUUUACAAAAUAUUGGAGGGAUACAAGAAUGUAAUUUUAGUGGAUCCUCCUCAAGUAGCUUUUCCGGAGAAACUGAUACGGCUUGUGAAAUCUCCUAGAACUGAUAAUUCAGACAAUCCAGUUGAAAACUGCUCUGCUGCGAAUGAUACUUUUUGGUGGAAAGGAUUUGAAUUUACUCCAGCAUUACCUUCAACUAAAAAAAGCUUUCUUUCACGACUGUGGGAAAAAUUCAAAGAAGAUGAGAAGCAGCGAAAGAAAGAACCUCAAUCCGGUGAGAAUGGCUCGAAAGCUAAAAAAACCCAAUCGGACGUGACGAGUACAAGCGAGAGUGGAGAAAUGAGCUCACCUUCGUCUUUGACUUCCGACUCUGAAUAUGACUUUGAUGAGUCCAGCGUUGGAGACGGUGAGGAUGUCUCCGAGGAGAAGGUUUGUCAACCAGUUCGCCAUCCAUCCCUCAAAGUCCGUCUACUCCACCUUCAGUCAAGUCACAAGAUAGAAUCCCAUUUCCAGUGGAAACCACACCUCCCGAUGCGCAAGAACCAGGACAACCAGCGAGAGUAUGAAGAGCACGCAUUCAAGGCAAUGUCUCAGAUACUCAUGCGGAAAACAUGUCAACUAUCGGAGCAUCAACUCCAUUCUAGGAGGUCUAACUACAGCAUUAACAAUGGCUCACAUGCAAGAAUGGAACAAGAGCUACGAGAGUGCCUGACAUCGUGGACUCCAGAUCCUCCAAUUCCUGAACGGAAGUCAUUCCUAUAUCCUGCAGCAUCAUCAAUUCCAGAGAGUGCAAGUUCCCAAUCCUGUUCCAGCUCCGUCAGCUCGAAUCUUGGCAGCUAUUAAAUAGGUACCUGUGAAUGAAAUAAGACACAAUACAUUAUACUAUUGAAGAAGAAAA